CCAACCCAUAAAUUGCUCAAUCUAACCAAGCACUUGAUCUGAUCAACCCACAAACCAGCCUAAGCUGUGUCAACCUAGACCAACCCGAUCCUAUCUGUGUCACUAUGGCUCAUCCCAACACACACCGAACACCACCCAACCUGACGUGGUAGCUAUUUCUUGACAAUUCCAUAUCCGAAAUAAAGAAAAGAUGAGCUAAAAAACACAUUUCACAAUUUGUUUAUGCAAGUACCAACGACACCACGACAUCACUUUGUGUAAAUAAAUCAUGCAAAGGCGGUCGUAUUCGCUAUCCCAUUGAGUUGGAUUCUAAAUUCUUGUACAAAUACAAAUAAAAAAAAGUUUCAAAUUCGUUUCCUAACCCAUAAAUUGCUCAAUCUUACUCAACUCAUACAUAAUUCGAUCAGACCACAAACUAACCAAAGUUGGAUGGCUCUCAACCAACCCGAUCCUACCUCGUGUCCCAUCCCAACUUACACCCAACAUAACCCAACCCAGCCCAGCCUAGACCGACCCAUAGCCAUAGGCCAUCUCUUGACCAUUAUAUAUCUGAAAUAAAGAAUAGAGCUACAGAAAAACAUGACAUAAAAUUUGUAAUUUGUAGGUACCAAAGAAACCACGAGGGCCUCGCGUUGUGUAAUUAAAUCAUGCGAAGACGAAAUUACAAACAAAUCAAAAAAUGGCGAUUGAUGAAAGUGUAGAAGAGGAAAAAAGGGCGUUUUUAUUAAAUCAUCAGAACUCACAUCAUGAAUCCCCUAAACCCAGAAGAAGGGGUGGUCUACUUACUCUGCCUUUCAUUAUUGUGAAUGAGUCAUUUGAGAAGGUAGCAAGCUAUGGUUUAUUGCCCAACAUGAUAUUUUACUUGAUGAAUGUGUAUCACUUGGAAGCUGCAAAAGGGAGUAUCAUAUUGUCACUAUGGUCUGCUUCUUCCAAUGUACUGGCCAUUUUUGGGGGGUUUCUCUCUGAUUCUUACUUGGGUCGUUUUCGGGUCAUCGCUUUUGGGACUUUUUGCAGCCUUCUUGGAACAAUUAUGCUUUGGUCAACUUCUAUGACCCCUUGGAUGAAACCUGCACCUUGUGCAAAGUAUAGUAAGGAUUGUGACACAGCUACUUUGCUUCAAUAUCUUGUUUUGUUCGGCUCUUUUGGCCUAAUCUCCAUUGGAGCUGGUUGUGUGCGACCUUGUUCCCUGGCUUUUGGGGCUGAUCAAGUGAAUGAUAAAGAGAACCCCAAUAAUGAAAGGGUUUUAGAUAGUUUCUUUAACUGGUAUUAUGCCUCAACAGGAUUGUCUACUAUCAUUGCCCUGACAUUUAUUGUGUAUAUCCAAGAUAAAUUUGGCUGGCAAAUUGGAUUUGGUGUGCCUGCAAUUCUCAUGGUUCUUUCUCUCGUGACCUUCCUACUCGGUUCUCCAUUGUAUGUACAUAUAAAGGCCAAAGAAAACUUAUUUCUUGGUUUGUUUCAAGUUCCAGUAGCUGCAUACCGGAGAAGGAAAAUUAGUUUCCCUGUAGAUGCUGCUGAAGUGCAUUACUAUUGCGAAAAUGACUCUGAGGCCACUACCCCAAGUGAUCACAUAAGGUGUUUAAACAGAGCUUGUGUAAUUAUAGAUCCUGCAAGGGACUUAAAUGCAGAUGGAUCUGCAUCAAACCCUUGGAGCCUCUGCGCUGUGGAGCGAGUGGAAUGGCUUAAAUCUAUUUUAAGAAUUAUGCCUAUGUGGACUACAGGAAUCAUGAUGCUAGUAGCUCUAAACAACAGCUAUACAACCCUUCAAGCAAAAAGUAUGGAUCGACAUAUCAUUUCAGGUUUUGAAAUUCCAGCGGGUACUUUUCAAGUUUUUUCAAUUGUGACUAUUACGUUAUGGGUAGCAUUUUAUGAUCGUGUUGUCGUGCCAUUGAUGGCCAAGUACCUUGGCAUGCCACGCGGGCUUGGACCUAGAGUUCGUAUGGGAACUGGGUUACUGUUAUCAUGUGUGUCACCGAUAAUUGCUGGAGUAGUGGAAUCCAUUAGACGAAAAGUUGCCAUUGAUGAGGGAUUGGAAGAUAAACCUAAUGCAGUAGUCAACAUGUCAGCAAUGUGGUUGGCGCCACAGCUUGUGUUGCUAGGAUUUGCUGAGGCCUUUAACGCUGUUGGUCAGAUAGAGUUUUAUUAUGCUCACCUUUCUAAGAGCAUGUCAAGCAUUGUGAUGGCUAUAUUCACACUAGGAAUGGCGGUAUCAAGUGUGGUGGGUGGCCUCUUGGUUAAACUUGUUGAUACUUUUACAAGCACUGGGGGAAAGGUGAGCUGGUUAUCAAGCAAUCUGAACAAGGGUCAUGUGGACUACUAUUACUGGUUGGUUGCUUUUCUGAGUUUGAUUAAUUUCCUGUAUUUUCUUCUAUGUUGUCGAGCAUACGGCCCAUCCGAGAGUCACAGUCACAGAAGUAAGCGUUAUGAUACUGUAGAACACAAUUCAGCUUGAUUACUACGUGCCCUUUCUGGGUCCUUUGUUGUUUAUGUAAACUUUUGUUAGUAUUACUAUCUGUAACAUUAUUGAUCAGAUAAUGUUAGAACGAUAGCUUUCACUUCUUUUUUUCCUUCGAGAGCAACUUUUAAGCUUCUUUUGUAUUUUUGGAUUGACAUUAUUGAUCUAAUCUGUAGCAUUAUUGAUCUAACAAGUUUAGUAUUACUUU